GAGAAAGAAAGGAUCGGAGAGGGGGGCAGUGGGCAAGCAGUAAACUGCGACACCGCGAUUAAGUGCAAACGAAACGAAAUAUCCAGACAAGAGGACACCGAAGAAGAACCGCACGCGAUCGCCGAGAACUGGAUUACACGGGCGACUCGAGAAUCGCCAAAAUUUUGCCGGUUUAUAAAAAAGGGGGACGCGCCGACAGAGAUGGCAUGAGGGACGGUUCCGGCAACGUUGCCGAGGUGAGAACCGACGCGCCUCUGUCCCUGAGCGCUAGAUUCGAUACCGAGAAAAAGUGAAUCGACCCCGAAAGAGGACCAGCGCCGAACCUGGUACAGAAAAAAGGAAGAAAAACCCGAGGAAAGACUUUGCUUCGGGGACUCUCGAAAUCGAAAUUAUUGUCGACUUGAAUUUGUAUAUUUUUUGGGAGUCCCGAACCAAGAAGAAACUCGUGACUCAAGACAUCUUGUUCUUUUAAAUUGCACGAGAUUCUGAGGUAUCGAGAGUGCGUGGGACCCAAGCAGUCGACGGAGUGACGCGAGGAAACGCGUUCUUUAAUUGAUCGUCGCGAUUAACGAGUUCCGCGGGUCGAUGGAACUGCGACAGAGAAACGGAGAGGAUCGUUUCGCUAACCGGUGAACGUGCGUGUUUUCGGGUAACUCGUGGACAAAUCGAACGAAAAUAAUCGCGAAACCGUCGACGAGCACGAUGCUGGCGUGCGUUUAUCCGGCGGAGAGCUUCAACAAGUCGAAAACCGUGACGGUGAAGCUCCGUCACGGACGAUCGAGGCGGAAGCCGAAGAAGCUCCUAUCGGUGAAGGAGAGACCGACGGACGGCAAGGAGCAGGAAUGCAACGAGAACGCUAAGCUCGAGAACGAGUUACCAGUGGGCGGGGGUGGUGCUGUGCUGGUGCUCAGCGAACUUGAAAGCAUGGCGGCCAGGCAACAGCGGGAAAUUGCCCAGCAGAGGCGCCUCCUGGAGCAGAGAGAGGCCCGUCUAGCCGUGCUUCGAGGCGCACAGGAGCCAGCACAGCAGGACAAACUCGCCAGAUUGAGGCACAGGCUAGACCAACAACAGAGCAAGCUGAAUCGGCUGCGAUUGCUCCGAUCGCAGACCGAUCAGUCGCGCGCCAACAACGCCACGCUGACCUCGGACCUGGACUGCAUACGAGCGUUGUUCAACGAGAAGGAGAAGGAACUUUCCUUGGCCGUGGCAAAGGUCGAGGAGCUGACGCGGCAGCUCGAGGAGCUACGAGGUCGACAGAACGCGGUUGGCACCGGGACCGGAAGUGGAGGCGCUGGAGGCGUCGGCGGAGGCGGCGUUGGCGGUGCCGGCGGUGGACACUUGUCGACACCGGCCAGCGCCGAGCUCGAAAAGCUCAGGAGGGAGCUUAUGUACCGUAACAAGAUGAACGAGCAGCAGAACCAAGUGGUGUCCCAGCAACGAUUGGCCCUGGCGCAGCGACAAGCGGAAAUGGCGUCGAUCGACGCGAGGAUAGCUCAGCUUCAGGGUCGUCUGCAACGCAAGAGAGCCUUAAACCAACGGCUGAGCCAGCAAAUAGGCUCCGGGAACCGUACCAACGCGAACACCGGUUUCACGGAGUCCAAACUCGACUUCAACGCUGGAGGGAAGUCCAGGCCGGCGGGGAACAUAGCUGCCAUCGAGCCCUACUCCCACAUACCGAACGACAACGAUUUCAACUUAAAUAAGAACGAUCCAAAGUAUCAGACGCUGCCGUACAACACCAAGUUCACCGUGAACUUCAAGGCUGCCGAGGACGACGUGAACAAGAACAAGAUCCAACACUCGGCCAGCGCUUCCCAGUUAGGACAGAGGGCAGCCUUCCAGCAGUUUGGACAUCAGAUCGCCCAUAGUCAAUCCCAAUCGCAUAUUCAAGGUCAAUCGCAGCUACUAGGCACGAACCAGCAGCAACACAAUCAAAAUAUCGGUAGCCAGCCGAUGAACCUCCAGCAGACGUGCAACAAUAACAACAACAACAACAAUAACAACAACAACAGCACGAACAACAACCUGAUCGUGUCGGGCCACAACUUCAGCCCGGAGGGGCUGUCGCAGAACCUACGAAUUCAUCACCAACAGCAACCGCAGACGCAGCAACAACAACAGCACGGUACGGUUCAGCAAAAGCAGCACAAUAUCGGUUCCUCGGCGUCCAGCCUCGGCACGACGAUCUCCAUCACGCAAACCCAAAACCACCGGAACCUCCAAACUCAUCAGAAACCGGUGUCCAGCGUGGCGCCAAGUUUCUCCGUCAAGUCCCAAAUCUAUCAAACUUCCUCGACGAAGAUCCAUCCGGUGAUGCCGCAGACCUUGAGUCUCAUAGGUCGCGGGCACACCAACGCGCAGAACUUCGUCGGUCUGAGCACGCAGAGCCAGCAGCAAACGAAUCAAUCGAUACCCAGCAAUCAGACCAACCAGGAACAAACGUACACGUCGAGACACAAUUAUCCAGGCAUCCAGCAGCAUUCCAUCCAAGCCAACACCCACGUGUCCACGUCCGUGGGCUAUCAAACGCAGAACUCUCCCAAUCUGCCGCCGAGCAUUCACACGUCGUCCAGCGGGGCCAACUUUGGCGGAUCGGUGCAGAGGUACAACCAAACGCAGCCGUUGACCAGCUCGUCGUCGAACAGCGAGCAGAACGAGAAGAUGAAGUUCGAGACGGCGAAGAGUCAAGAGAAGUUCGAGCACGCGUUGCCCGGCAAGCACGAGCAACAGAGGUACGAGGCGAACAAGUACGAUCCUCAUCAGAUGAAGUACGAGCAUACGAAAUACGAGCACGGCAAGUACGAGCAGACCGGUCAGUCGACCAAGCUCUACGAGCCGUCGAACAAACACGAACAGCCUCAGACGAACAAGUACGACAACGCGUCGAAGAUCGAGCAGGGGAAGCACGAACAGCACCAUGGACCGAAGUACGAUCCGAAUCAAAAUACUCAGCAGUACGGUAAGCACGAUCAGCACGAGGUCAGACCGUCCGUCAAGUACGAGUUCAAGCACGAGCCACCGAGCAAAUACGAGACACCGGGGCAACAGUUCAAACAGGAGUCGGUGAAAUUCGAGAACAACAAGUACGAGCAGAGCUCGACGACCAAGCACGAGCACAACGGGAAGUUCGACAUUCCGGCGAAGACGACCGACAAAACGUUCGACUUCGAGAGGCUGAAGGGCGACAACGAGAGGAAGAAUCUGGCCGAGAUACGGGGCGAGGACAAAACGAAGCCGGCGCUACCACCGAAACCGAGCAAACCUAAUCCACCGCCUAGACUCACCCAUCACGAGAAGUUGGACUCCACCGCGGACGGGGUCGGAGAUUGCAAGAAUAAUAUAGGAUUGAGUCCGAGGACGGAGAAGGAAGAAGACCUACCACCGAUUCCCACGUCUGAGCCACCCGAGUCGCCCACAGAGACGCAAUUCGGUAACCAUCAGAUCAUCAAGGCUCGACCUCUGACCCUGAAGAAGGCGCCAAUAUCCGAGCAGCCGAAACUUCGUUACGCGAAGUCGAAUGUUCACGUAUCGAUAAACCGACGGAUUGAGAUGCCACCGGCGUUCCUGUUCCCGGAGACCGAGAUUCCAGCUGACCUGAUGCAAACGGAGCAACAGCAGCAGCAACAGCAGUCGCAGAUCAUCGACACGACGGACAACUGCAAGAAGAGCAACGCGAUAGAGGACGUGAUCAGUAAUGAGAAGCUGGAGGAGUCGGACAUCAUCGACGCUCUGAACGUGAUAAAUAUCGAGGACAAGGCGAAGGCGCAAAAGGACUGCGACAGAAGAACGGAACUGGACGUGGACGGGAAGAGCAACGAGGUGAUGAGGAGGAAGAAGGGAAAUCUCAAGUCCAGCACCGGUAAGGCGAAUCUCUCGAAGAGGGUGUCCUUCGAUCCUCUGGCGUUGCUGCUGGACGCCAGCCUCGAGGGUGAACUCGAACUGGUGAAGAAGACCGCCAAGGAAGUGGCGAAUCCUAGUUCCGCGAACGACGAGGGCAUCACCGCGCUUCACAACGCCAUUUGCGCCGGUCAUCUGGAAAUUGUCAAGUUCCUCGUCGAGUUUGGCUGCGACGUGAACGCGCAAGACAGCGACGGAUGGACUCCGUUGCAUUGCGCCGCGAGCUGCAACAACCUGUCGAUGGUGAGGUUCUUAGUGGAACAUGGAGCCUGUAUCUUCGCCACCACCCUUUCCGACCACGAAACCGCGGCGGAGAAGUGCGAGGAGGAUGAAGAGGGCUUCGAUGGCUGCUCGGAAUACUUGUACAGUGUUCAAGAGAAACUCGGUAUAAUGAACAACGGUCAGGUGUACGCGGUGUUCGACUACGAGGCGCAACACAACGACGAGCUGACGUUGAAGAACGGCGACUCCCUGGUUGUGCUUCGAAAAGGCGACGACAACGAGAGGGAGUGGUGGUGGAGCAAACUGGGACACAAGGAAGGCUACGUGCCACGGAAUUUACUUGGCUUGUAUCCAAGGGUGCAGCCAGCGAAGGUGGACUGAGAGACGCAUCUCGCCCUCUAAACUCGUAAUAAUCCGAUGAUUCAUCAUUACCACAGUAUUCGAUUCGCAGCUUUAUCUCGUUAAGUAUCAUAGUUGCAUCGUCGUCGCAUUACCAAUGUUAUCUUAUUUAAUCGCGUCCCAUUGUCAUCCGAACGAAGCGAGUGAAGGUGUUCUUAUAUAGUUUACUUCUCUUUUUUUUUUUCUUUUUUUUUUGUAUGUUUUGUAAGACGAAGCCGGUAAUUGCUGACGGGCCCGGAUCCACGGGUCGUCUCGUAAGUUAAUCUCGUUGAAGAGAGGAGCGAGGCCGUCGACUCGUCGUUUUUCGAUCGAUGAAAAUCGUCUUCGUGUUCAGUGACGAGGACACGCGCCCGCCGAACGUGUAGGAAGAUCGAAUAACGAUACGAUUAAACACAGUGUAACGAACAAUUAGGAUGUAAUUAGUUAGCUCGAGGAACAGUAGCUUCGGACUUGUGUACGUCGAUCGGAAAAAACGAUAUCCCAGAAUUAACACUUUCGCUACGACGCUCUUCAACCUAAAGACACUGCCGUGCAUGGGAGAAUACAAGCUUGUAAACCCCUGAGACUGAUACGGAAAUAUUAUGGUCAGAACGAGUACUUGUUGAGCGGGAUGAAACGCAAACUGUAGAAAUCGUUCUUAUAAAAAAGACUCCGUACAUUAAUUUCAAAGUAUUACCAAAACCAUGCUAGGAUGUAAACAGAUUUAAAAAAAGAAAAAAAACAAGGCUCGAAGGAGCAGCUUUUAUUACUGGAAAUUGCUGUCUUUAACUUAGAAAUGAUCCUCAUUAUUCAGUUAACGAUACGCAUCGUUAAGCAAUAAAGUAUUAUAUGUUCAAUUAGUGGUCCUGAAUAACCCGUUUACAAUCCAGACUACACCUGCUGAAUGACUAAUUAGGGUAAUUAAAUUAAUCAUUACAUGAGUUUCUCGUUUUUUUUUUGUCGUUUACAAGCCCUUGCUUUACCUUGAUACAUGCAUCAUAUUAAUAUUCAAAAGGAAAAGUAUGAUUAUUAAUAGAUACAUCAGGACUACCUGUUUUAAAUAAAUUGCCUCAUUUUAUCAUUUAUUCUAAAAAUAGUUAAACAUUGAACCUUGCUAUCUCAGGAUUUAUUUAUACAUCUCGUCUCUUACAGUUUGCUUAUUUUACGAAUUUCUCUGAUCCUGUUCAAAAAGUCGAAAAUCAGGACCGGGUCUAGGUAUUUUGGUACACAGGGCAACAAUGGCGCCGUUAUUUUUUCUUGAUACUUUGAUUACAAUACAUUUUUUAUAUGUCAAUUUUCUUUCAGAAGUUUUUAACUUCGUUUUUUUCUCAAAAAUUAAUAUUAUACCACAAAUUAGUAUAAUUUAUUGAAAAAAAAACAUUACUUUAUAAAUAAUGAAUGAAACGUUACAACAGUUAAUUUGCUUUACUGUCAUUGUAACAUGGCGCCCAAGAGCAUGGUGCUCCUUCUGUCCCCGACUAGUUACGGUUCUGAUCUUGAACAUAGAGUCCCUUUGUGAGUGUCGAAGCAGGACUACGUGCCCGUUUUAUUUAGAUUAAAUCACAUCUAGAAGAAUCUCGUACGGCUAAGUGUUCACCAUAAAGACUUUAAAAAUGCAAUAGCGUUGGGCUGAAAGGCUAUUGUUCGACGAUAUAUAAGUACGUCACCUGCAGCGAAAGGGUUAACCUAAGCACCACGCGCACAGUUUCGUUACGCAUAGUUCGUAGACUCUGGUCCGUUUAUUCGUCGAACUCUGAAAUCGUCGCAUUCGCACACUCGGUCUUAACGAAGACAGUAUGAUUCCGAAUAUGUUAAAGGGAAACAAGGGAAAUUGUUCGCAUUCGUAGCCUGCACGUUAGUCAGUUCCUUCAACGAAACAGUACAAAAGAAAAAUUUCAAUUUCGCUCCCCGUAAUUACGCUCAUAGGUCGACGACUUGCGUAAGUUCAGAGUCGAAACGUUUACAUUUAAUAUUCAUCACUUAAAUCAGUGUUCCUC